UCAGGAACAAAAGCUCCAGCGGAGUCUGGCGGAGGCACUAAGGGAGCACGGGGUGUUUUGAAUAAUUAUUAAAAUUAGCAUGUGUCUGCGCCAUCCUGUGGGUGUGGCGCAGAGAGGAGUGUAAACUCUAGCGGGGCUGGAGCAAACAUUGGAUUAGCGGCAGCAGCCUGCCAACCUGCCCGAGGAGUGCUGGGACCAGCGCGCUGCACGCCGACUGGCACGAUGGCCUCGUCUCAGGGGAAAAACGAGCUGAAAUUAGCCGACUGGAUGGCAACUCUGCCGGAGAGCAUGCACAGCAUCCCCCUCACCAAUUUAGCCAUUCCAGGGUCUCAUGAUUCCUUCAGCUUCUACAUUGAUGAAGCCUCUCCAGUAGGUCCUGAGCAGCCAGAAACUGUCCAGAAUUUUGUCUCUGUGUUUGGAACUGUGGCCAAAAAGCUCAUGAGGAAAUGGUUAGCCACUCAGACAAUGAAUUUUACUGGCCAGCUAGGAGCUGGAAUUCGUUAUUUUGAUCUUCGAAUUUCCACCAAGCCCAGAGACCCCGACAAUGAACUCUAUUUUGCUCAUGGUUUGUUCAGUGCCAAAGUCAAUGAAGGCCUUGAGGAGAUCAAUGCAUUCCUCACAGAUCACCAUAAGGAGGUAGUGUUCUUGGACUUCAACCACUUUUAUGGGAUGCAGAAAUAUCACCAUGAAAAACUGGUCCAAAUGCUGAAAGACAUCUAUGGAAAUAAAAUGUGCCCAGCGAUUUUUGCCCAGGAAGUUAGUUUAAAGUACCUGUGGGAGAAGGACUAUCAAGUGCUGGUCUUCUACCAUAGUCCAGUGGCUCUGGAAGUGCCCUUUCUCUGGCCUGGGCAGAUGAUGCCAGCACCCUGGGCCAACACCACAGACCCUGAGAAACUGAUCCAGUUCCUUCAAGCAUCCAUCACUGAGAGAAGAAAGAAGGGAUCGUUUUUUAUAUCUCAGGUGGUGCUGACCCCCAAAGCUAGCACUGUGGUCAAAGGGGUGGCAAGUGGCCUCAGAGAAACAAUCACAGAAAGAGCUCUUCCCGCCAUGAUGCAGUGGGUCCGCACACAGAAGCCAGGAGAGAGUGGCAUCAAUAUUGUCACUGCCGAUUUUGUAGAACUUGGUGACUUUAUCAGCACUGUCAUAAAGCUCAACUAUGUCUUUGAUGAAGGAGAAGCCAACACUUGAUAGCACUACUUGAGUUUCCAUGAAUAAGAUGGAGAAGGCUCAUUGUAUUAGGGCAUAUUAUCUGUAAACACUCUGAUCUUCCUAUUCCACUGAGUCUCUGAAGGGAAUAGGGCUAGUAGUGGGUGGGAAAAGGGGAAAAACUGUUUCUUCAGUGAUUACAGUCAUACUCUUCAUUACUAUAAAUAUUUCAUUUCCCAUUUGAUGAGCAAAAUCUACUUCUAGUGUUAGGAAUAAAAAAAAAAGAAGACCAGUAACUUUGUUUCUCAAAAUUAGUCUUUGUAACAUAGAAUUCAUGAGUGUUUACUUGAUUAGGUUCUCUAUUUCCAGCCUAUGGCUCCUACACUGUCUAUAUCCUGUAACCUUUCUGCUCCCUCUCUUGCUCGCUCUUUCUAAUCAGAUGCUGUA